AUGACACCGAUGGUGCGUCUGUUGUUGCUCCCACUCCUGUUCAGCAUUGCUGGUGGGAAGGAUCUGGAGGAAAAGAAGGGCCCGUUUGAGAACACAGAGCUGGAUGUGCCAGAGGGGACACAAGUGCCAUAUCCCAUACAUCAGUUCCAGGUGACCCAUCCAGGGGUUAAUAAUUUCAGGCUGAGUGGAGAAGGUAUGGAGGACAUUAAGAUUUCAAAUGAUGGGUGGUUGUACCUGGAGAGACCUCUGGACUGGUCUCGAGAAAACCAUUACAUGAUCAUGGUGGAGGCGUUGGAGGACGAUGAAGUCGUGGAUGAUCCAGUUUAUGUGACCAUAAAUGUGUUGGAUGUCAACAACUAUGCUCCGUACUUCAACCAGACUGUCUACUCAGCUGUGGUUAGAGAACACAGUCCAACAGGCGUCCCUUUUUUGCGUGUGUUUGCGUUGGAUCGUGACGACCCACAGACCCCCAACGCUCAACUGAGCUACAGCCUGGUCAGCCAGAUCCCCAUCAAAAACCACGUCCUCCUGUUCCAAAUCGACCCUCACACUGGGGAGAUCUCCACCACAGAAGAAGGGAGACAGAUGCUGAAGGCCAGAGAGGGCAUCCAGUACAGCAGAGGAGAAGCUCGUAGCAUUGACACUCUGAAGACAAAGUUUGACGACUUCUGUUCAGUGCAGAAAGUCCCCUAUGAAGAAAACCCCUUCUUCACCUGUGUGGAGAGAGCAGAAAUGAGGAGGAUGAUUCUGGACCCCCUGGAGGAUCCAGACUACACCCUGAUUGUGCGUGUGCAAGACAUGGGAGGAGCAUCUGAGAUGGCGCUGAGUGGAAACACCAGAGUCCACAUAAGUGUUCGGCAAAACCUUUGGGUCAAUCCUGGACCGGUAACUGUGAAAGAGAACUUAAAGGAAACGUACCCUCUGGCCAUUGCAAAGGUCCAGUCUAAUGAGCCCAACGCCAUCUAUAGGUUAACGCAGAAAGAGCGAGAGCUGAAAUUCCCCUUCCAGAUCACAGAAGAUGGAGAAAUAUAUCUGACAGAGGAGCUGGACAGAGAAGACAGAGCCAUGUACACCCUGGUGGUGAUUGCGACGGACAACGAUGGCCAGGAGGUGGAUCCACCCAUGGAGAUUCAAGUCUUGGUGGAGGAUGAGAACGACAACAAGCCAAUGUGUGAAAAUGAUGAGAGUGUGUUUGAGGUGCAGGAGGGAGAGCCAAUAGGCAGCCUGGUAGGCGAGCUGUUGGCCUAUGAUCUCGAUGAAGAGGGGACACGGAAUGCUCAACUGACUUACACCAUUGAGUCCCAGAGUCCCGACACCACACCCAGUGCCUUCUCCAUCGACGAUUCUUCUGGAAGGAUUCAGCUGUUGCGCUUGCUGCAUCAAAAAGACCAGCGGGUGUAUAACCUCAACGUCAGGGUCAGCGACCCAGUCUUCAGCACAGAAUGUAAAGUCGUCGUCAAGGUCAUUGACGUUAACAACGAGACGCCUGUGUUUGAGAAGAACGAUUAUGGCAAUCACACUCUAGCGGAGGACACUCCUUUGGGACACACAGUGCUGACCAUCAGGGCAACAGACGCUGAUGACGCAGAGAGCGGCAGCUCCCGCAUCGAAUUCCACAUCUCUGCAGGCGACGACGAGGGCAUAUUUGCUGUGCAGACCGACGGCAAAGGCGUUGGCCAACUGGUUAUAGCGAAGCCUCUGGACUUUGAGUCCUCUCCCACCUACAGGCUCCAGAUUGAUGCUCGUAACCCAGAGCCGCUGGUAAAAGGUCUGGAGUACGGCAGCGAAUCCACAGCCUUUGUGUUCAUAUCUGUCACUGACGUCGACGAGGCUCCAGAGUUCAGUUUGGACAUCCUGGAUGUGACUGUGCCUGAAAACACCACCAAGGGAUCGGUGCUGCUCACUGUGGAGGCAAAGGACCCCGAGGGCAAAGAGAUCAGUUUCAAGUUGGAUGGUGACGCUCAGGGCUGGCUGGAGAUCAACGCUGCCACAGGGCAGAUCAAGACCAAAAGCAAGCUGGACAGAGAGACCCUGGAGGCUUUCCAAGUUACUGUCACAGCCUUUGAGAAGGAGAACCCAGAGAAGUCCUCUGAGCAGGUCGUGUCUGUGAGGCUGCUGGAUGUGAACGACCAUGUCCCCAAACUGACGGAGACCCAGGCCUUCAUCUGUGCGAAGAAACCCAAACCGGUGCUAAUCAAGGCCAAAGAUGCAGACAGUGCUCCCUUCUCCGAGCCCUUCACCUUCACCUUGGGUAGCGGCAAGAAAUCUCCCAACUGGGAACUGCACAGGGUUGACGCCACGACAGCUAUACUGACCCUGAAGAGAAUACCAACUGAAGAUAAAACCUUGACACUCCCCAUUAACGUUAAAGACAAUGCAGGCAUGGGAGUAACACAGCAAUUUGAAGUGAGAGUAUGUAACUGCACAGAGCUGGGCUACUGCUACACUGCACCAGAUCACCGUGGCUUCAGCUAUGGAAUGGGAGCCACUAUUGGGAUCCUGGGUGGCACUAUGGGAUUCUGCAUUAUUGUGUUCAUCAUAGUGAUCAAACGCGUUAAUAAACGCAAGAAGAAAGCUGUGACUGAAGAGGGGGAGAGGAACGCCAUGAUGUAGAAACUACACACACACACACACAUAUGUUCUUAUACCCCUUGCUGACAUAAUGCAGUCCUUAUCGCCUGACCGUAA